UUCGGUUAACAUCUUGGGUUGUGCUGUAAGUAUUUUAUAGAAACUCGUGUAAUAGGUUAUGAUGGCUAAAAAAUACUUUCAUAUUCUGUGGAAGUGUAAUUUGGCACUUUUCGUUGCCAGGUUUACAGGUUAUUUUCUCAUGUUAAAUAACAGAUGACCGUGGAUUAAAUUGUCUUCACGCUUGGUCAUUUGUAUUAGUCAUCUAUUUUGUGCAGGUAACACUCAGCCAUGGCUGAUGCAGAGAAAGCGCCCCCCAAGGUAAAGGCGGACAAGAAGAAGAAGGAGAAGAAGCCCCCGGUGGAGAAAGCAACGGAACCAGAGCCUGCGAAGAGGCGCUACCUGAAGCGUCACGGCCGGCUGUACGCCAAGGCGGUGUUCACAGGCUACAAGCGAGGGCAGCGCAACCAGCACGAAAACACUGCACUGCUCAAGUUGGAGGGCUGUGUCUCCAAGCAGGACAGCUGGUUCUACGUCGGCAAGCGCUGCGUAUACGUCUACAAGGCUAAGAACAAGACCUCCGUGCCCGGGAAGAGGGGCAAGAAGUCACAUGUGCGUGCAAUCUGGGGCAAGGUGACCAGGCCUCAUGGCUGCCGUGGAUCAGUGAGGGCAAAGUUCAAGAAGAACCUGCCGGCUAAAGCAAUGGGUCACCGCAUCAGGAUAAUGCUGUAUCCUUCGAGGAUAUGAACAUAACUCGUUCACUCUUUCCACUGUAAAGUUGUCAAUAAAAUUAUUCAUUUGGUACAAGUGAAAA